CCGACAACGCGGUGAUUCGGGCUGAACUAAGAGUUGGUAGCUGAGAGUGCCGUAUCGAUGUGGCCCCGAGGUUGAGUGCCUGCGCGCCAAACCAUGGAUUCAUUUGGCGCCAGCUUCUUCCCCAACUCGGCACCAGCUGGUCCCUUAGGCACCAAUAUCCGCGACAUCGCGUCGCACUGUCGAGCUCUGUUGCGGGAAUGCUCGAAGCUACCCAACUUGAAAGAGGACGAGUGGGCCGAGAACAGGCUUGCUGAAUUCAACCUCUGGGCUGCCAACUCGGGAGUCUUUGGCGGCGACCGCGCGUCGUUGGAUGCACGACUGGCGCUUCAGCCAGAGGUGAUAAGUGUAUUUAUAAGUCUUCUCACUGUCCUGAGUGAGCGCCUGACGCAAUGCCAAUAUUUCGGGAAUGGGGACGAAGUCCCUGCUGUGAAUGACGAGUGUAAGCCUCAAUAUAGUUCCGAAGAGGAGAAUGAGGCGGAUAAACAAGAUGCCGAGCUCGAAGUUAGUGAAAGCGAGGAUGAGCCUGAGAAACCAGAGCAUGGACGUUUGGCAUCUCCGGAAGACAUCCUGAGGGCUUUCUCGCCAUGGUCUGACGACUCAGACCUAAGCACCGAUUCGGAUCAAGAUUCACGAGAUGAGUGCUCACCGGUAAUAACGAACUCAUUCUUGGAUGGCCCGAAGGUUGAUGUCGCUCAAGUCAUAGAUCACCUUGCUCGCCUGAGUUUGGCUAUUCGAAAAGCUGGUAGCAGUUCAAGAACGCACAAAGCGGACAGGCGAUUCAAUGCCGACGAUCAGCCAGCAUUCCGCCGGCAUCUCAAUGUUGUGGUGCUUGCUAGAGGGAUGGAAGCGGGUCGAUCAGACUACGUUAUCAACCCGAACAAUCUGACUGCCAUCCAAGACCGUCUCAUCAUUGCGAAUCUGCGGCGAAGGAACCGAUUUCUUUAUGCUCAGCGUCACGCAAGGAAACUGGCUGCAGAAGCAGAGCCCCAGAACGCUCCGCAGGAAUAUCAGCUCGGAGAUGAUAUGCCGAUUAUGGUGGAGGACCACGGCGAGCCGGAACCCGAAGAGAAGAUCAUAACAGAGCCAGAAGAGCAAGCAUCCGAACCAAUUGAAACACUUGCUCAAGUGUUAGUAGAAACGGCACUUGAGCCAGACGUCGAAACACAACCACCAAUCUUGUCCGCCACCUCAGCCUCUGGCAUAACUCAAGCCAUAGAUCCUGGGUUUAUUCACAAUGUGACGCCCUCACAAGUUGCAAAGACGGAGAUCACGACAACAUCCGCUAAAAUUGCUUACCCAAAGCCACCUGCUAUGCCGCUGGGUAUGCGUCAUUUCAAAUGCCCUGGCUGCUGCCAGGCCUUGCCUGAGAUGUACAGGCAACCAUCCCUAUGGAAAAAGCAUUUAAUGACUGAUAUCGCCCCAUAUACUUGCAUCAUCGAUGACUGCCCUACACCAGAUCGACUCUUUGUCACCCGAGCAGAGUGGGGCCAACACACGAGGAACGAUCACGAAAAAUGCUGGCAGUGUUUGCCUUGCACCACUGUGGGCAAGGCGCCGUUGGUGUUUCCAUCCGUCGAGGCCUUCAUGGAGCAUCUUCGCGUGGUUCACUCCAGCACAAUAAAUGAGGAGCAGUAUUCCACACUCAUCCCCGAAUCGGCGAUACCGGUCCCCGCCGGGAUCAGCUGUUGCCCACUGUGCAACUCCAACGGUCCAGCAGACUCACCUGUGUUGUUGAACCAUAUAGCAGAGCACUUGCAUUCCUUUGCUUUACGCUCUCUGCCCUGGCCUGGACGCGAAUCUCUGCACACCAAUUUGGACGAUCAGGAUGAUGAUGAUGAUGAUCCCGACGAUCUGGACGAUGGGGACGAUGAUGGGUACAACUAUUUUCUGUACAAUGAUUAUUUCGAUCAGGGCUCCGAGGUCGCGUCCCGCCAGUACAAUCUUACCAGUGGCUCAAAUCGGGACUCGGACGGAUUGCCAUCGCUGCACUCGAGCCAGGCUUCUGAACGACCUGCAACGCCGUCGGACAAAGGGUCUGAAGUUGCAGAUGACACUAGUCAGACUCCUGAUUACGAUCCGAUGGCUGAGCCUGGAGAGCCACGGCCAAUCAUUGAAGCUUCUCAAGAUCAUCUACCUGAAGUAGUAGAGGGCGAGUGGCCGCAGAAAUGUGCCCGGAGAUUUCCCCACGACACGGAUGACCCCGAGGUAACUUGGCUGGGAGAGCUGAUGUUGAACUGUAUGCAAAUGAAUUACAAGCGGAAGGCGAGGGAAGAAGGGCCAAACAGUCAGCGUCGCGACUACUUCUUCCAUUCCAGCAUCAAUGGCUCUCCAAUUCAAGGCUUUCUCGCGAAAGUUGCCGAGCUUGAGGAUCAAGGCAACCUGAUGGAAGCCAUCUUGUGGCAAACAGAUGCAGUGAACCAUCUUAGACAUGAGCUGGGAUUCGCCCAUCAUUAUGUCAUCAAGAACGUUGACAAACUGGCGAAAAUGCAUUGGGAUGCGUGGAAUAAGGAAGAGGCAGAUGCUUUUCUUAGUAAAGAAGUUGAAAUUUUCCUCGACAAUGUUGGUAUUCCUGAUUUCGAAGAUCUUUUGUGGACAAUUGAUGGGGCAUACGAUCUGGCAAAGGUGUGUGCGAAAUACAGACUCGCAUCCUUGGGCCACAAGCUAUUCAACAGGCUCAUCGACGCUUUCGAACAAGAAUCCAAACAGCUAGAGGAUGGGACCCAACACACCGAAGCAGCUCGAGUGAAGUACUCAGACUUUUUGAAAGACCAGAACCUUUGGGGAGAAAAUGUGGUCAUGGAGCGAAAUUCGCUCGCGCGCCUCAAUGCAGACCCUCAUCUUGAGCUUGACACUACCGAGGCACUCAGUCGUCUCGCCCAUGCUUUGCGUCAAACGCAUCAGAUACAAGAGGCAGAGAUGAUUGACACGAAAAUCAAGGCCAUAAGACGUUUCGAACAAAAGAGACAGCCUCAACCAAUAGAGGCUUUGAGAAUAUUAGAGAAGACAAGGCGGGCAGAAAUUGAGGCGUGGGGGCCGUGGAACCACGCUUCCCUGCUAACAUUGACCUGUCUGUUUCGAUACUACAGAGACAUGGGUCUUCGUGACGAUGCUAUCGAUGCCGCUCAAGAGUUGGUUAUCUGUAGCCAAAAAAUAUGGGGUGAGCGUGAUUCCGCUUCAAUCGGCGCCGUAAAGGAAUUAACAGACUACUAUGCAAUUUUAUUUGAGUGGGAGAAGAGAGCGCAAGCCAGGGAUCUCUAUAACUGGCUCAAAGCCAAGGAUGAUGAUGUGGAUCUGGUGCAAGAAACGAAGCCUCAUCUUGACUUGGGCCCCGAGGAUUUAGAUGAGCGAGCGCCACGUUUGUACGCAGCAGGAUUGCCCAUUGCAGAGCUGGCAGACAUAAGUCUUGACCAUGGCAAUUCUGCUCCUUCCGGCCCAGCAAAAGGGGUACCUACUUCUGAACGCCGAGGCAUAGCAGCCGGCUUCAGUAAAGCAUUGCGGCUCUGGCGCAGAGACAAGCCAUCAGACCAGUAAUGAAAUGAAGCAUGAUUAUAAUAUGUAAACCAAGGUGCUCUUGUCAAUAUUAGCCAUAGAAUCCCUUGUCUCUCUUUUGCGAGGUUAAAGUCAAAGACAGGCUAACCAACGGUUGAUAAAUGUAUAUAAUAUACCACCUCGUCAGGCCGUUGUGUAACUAAACUAGUGUCUGGUGCU